UCCUUUCGGAAGCACGCGGGCUACGGUGGCCGCUCUGCUUCUCCUUCUAGUGUGUAACGGUUGUAGCGAGAAAGUUUUGUCUCUCUCUGCGCAGCUAUCGCUUCAUUUUGUGUGAUAUUUUUUCAAAGAACCAUGGCCGACUCCCAGGACGACAAGCUGUACCGGGCGGAAUACGCAAAGAGCGGCCGGGCCUCGUGCAAGGAGUGCAAAGAAAGCAUCGCUAAAGACUCGCUAAGGAUGGCCAUCAUGGUGCAGUCCCCGAUGUUUGACGGGAAAGUCCCGCACUGGCACCACUUCUCCUGCUUCUGGCAGCGAGCGGCAGCUCAGUCUCCGGCAGACAUCACCGGCUUCUCUGACCUCCGCUGGGACGACCAAGAAAAGGUUAAAAAGGCCAUUGAGGGCGGAGGAGCUGCAGGAGGAAAGGGCGGUGCGAAGGGUGCAGCCAAAGGACAGAAGACUCUGAACAACUUUGCGGUGGAAUACGCCAAGUCCAACCGCAGCACGUGCAAAGGCUGCGAGCAGAAAAUCGAAAAGGAUCAGAUCCGCGUCUCCAAAAAAAUGGUGGACCCCGAGAAGCCUCAGCUGGGUCUGAUCGACCGCUGGUACCACACGGCGUGCUUCGUGAGCCGCAGGGAAGCGCUGGAUUUUAAGCCCGAAUACGGCGCCGACCUGCUGAAGGGGUUCGGCGCGCUGCGGGCGGAGGACAAGGACGAGCUGAAGAAGAGGCUCCCCGUCGUCAAGUCGGAAGGACAAACCUCUCACCGACAUGAAGCUGCUGGCUGUUGGGAAGCUGUCAAAGAACAAAGACGAGCUGAAAGCUGCCGUCGAGGCGUUGGGAGGGAAGAUUACAGGAACCUCCACUGAGGCCUCUCUCUGUCUCAGCUCCAAGAAGGAGGUGGAGAAGAUGAGUAAGAAGAUGGAGGAGAUUAAGGACGCCGGCGUGCGUGUGGUUUCUGAGGAUUUUCUCACGGACAUCAAAUCGUCGGGCAAAGCUCUGCAGGAGCUGAUCUCUCUGCACACUAUCUCACCCUGGGUUGCAGAGGUUAAAGCUGAAGCUCAGGCUCCGUCCAUUAGCUCCAAGUCUGGAGCCCCNAAAAAAGAAGAAAAUCGAAUAAAGCUGAAUUAUUACAAGAAUCUCAGCAAGACCCGAYGUGAUUUUCCUACAGCGGGAGGGGAAAUUUUGAGGAUUUCUUCUCUCUAUACACGUUUUAAAACGCUAUAUUUCUUCAUUUAUUUUCACUAUCUUUCAAACUCCUCCUGCUCAGUUGAUCUGUCGUCUGCUCAUAGGUACUGGGUGUUCAGGUCCUGGGGCAGAGUGGGGACCACUAUUGGAGGCAACAAGUUGGACAAAUUCCAUGACAAAAACUCUGCUAUGGAUAAUUUCCUUAGUGUUUACAAGGAGAAAACGGGAAACGAGUGGGGCUCCUCCAACUUCACCAAGUAUCCCAAUAGGUUCUACCCUCUGGAGAUUGACUACGGACAGGAUGAGGAGGCAGUGAAACAGUUGACCGCUAGCGCUGGCACCAAGUCCAAGCUGCACAAACCGGUUCAGGACCUGAUCAAGAUGAUCUUUGAUGUGGAGAGCAUGAAGAAGGCCAUGGUGGAGUUUGAGAUUGACCUCCUGAAGAUGCCUCUUGGUAAACUGAGUAAAAGGCAGAUCCAGAGCGCCUACGCUCUCCUGACUGAAGUUCAGAAGGCUGUAUCAGACUGUGAACCUGAGGCACAGAUCAUCGAUCUUUCCAACCGCUUCUACACCCUCAUCCCUCACGACUUCGGCAUGAAGAAUCCCCCUUUGCUGAACAACCUGGACUGCAUUCAGGCGAAAGUGGAGAUGUUGGACAACCUGUUGGACAUCGAAGUGGCGUACAGCCUGCUGAGAGGAGGCGCUCAGGACAACGAGCAUGAUCCCAUCGACAGCAACUACGAGAAGCUCAGAACCAAGAUCGAGGUUGUGGACAAGAGCACGCAGGAGGCGGAGGUCAUUAUUCAGUACGUGAAGAACACGCAUGCUGCUACGCACAACACGUACACGCUGGAAGUGCAGGAAAUCUUCAAAGUAGCUCGAGAGGGGGAGUACCAACGGUACAGUCCCUUCGAGGAGCUGCACAACCGGCAGCUGCUGUGGCACGGCUCUCGCACCACAAACUACGCCGGGAUUUUGUCUCAGGGUCUUCGUAUCGCACCUCCUGAAGCCCCGGUG